AUGGAAAAAAUGAACAAAGCCUUCGAGCAAGUGAAAAUGAUGGUAGGAAUGAAAGUCGAAGAGCAACAAGCUGCAACAUUGGACAACGAAAGCUCCUUCGCUUUUAUGGACGAUUUCAACCGCAACUGCACUUUGACUACCAAACAAAGACUUUAUGGUUUUGCCAUAUGCUUUGCUACUCGAGUAACCUGUACAAUGUUGUCUAUGUUUGUUUUCCUCAAACCAAUCAAGUUUGGGAUAACUUUCACUCUGGGCAAUUUGCUUUCACUUGGAAGUUUAGUGCACGUAUAUUCAUCGUUAAUGCAUUGA